UUCUGGGUUGCGCAGCCGUGGAGCUACCUCAAGGCGGAACUGGGGAGUCCAGGGCUUCGGCAGCCUGAACACCCGGUGUGAAAGGAAGGUGGCAGACGUGGAGCGGCGCGCAUGCGCAGCAGCUCACUCUGCUGAAGGGCUGAGAGGCGCACCCGGGCGGCCAGCUGGGCUCGGAGCGGAACGGGGUCGGAAUGGACGAGGACGUGCUAACCACCCUGAAGAUCCUCAUCAUCGGCGAGAGUGGGGUGGGCAAGUCCAGCCUGCUCUUGAGGUUCACAGAUGAUACGUUUGAUCCAGAACUUGCAGCAACAAUAGGUGUUGACUUUAAGGUGAAAACAAUUUCAGUGGAUGGAAAUAAGGCUAAACUUGCAAUAUGGGAUACUGCUGGUCAAGAGAGGUUUAGAACAUUAACUCCCAGCUAUUAUAGAGGUGCACAGGGUGUUAUAUUAGUUUAUGAUGUCACAAGAAGAGAUACGUUUGUUAAACUGGAUAAUUGGUUAAAUGAAUUGGAAACAUACUGUACAAGAAAUGACAUAGUAAACAUGCUAGUUGGAAAUAAAAUCGAUAAGAGGCAAGUGCAAAAACCUGUGAUGGUGUACAAUGUGCCUUUGAAGAACUUGUUGAAAAGAUCAUUCAGACCCCUGGACUGUGGGAAAGUGAGAACCAGAAUAAAGGAGUCAAACUGUCACACAGGGAAGAAGGCCAAGGAGGAGGAGCCUGUGGUGGUUAUUGCUCUGUGUUAUAAACUCUGGGAAAUUCCAUCUCUUGCAUAUUUGAUCAGAUAGUGACAUCUUUCUGUAUACAAACUCUUUAACUGCUAUUUUAGGGACCUUGCAGUUUGCACAUAAUUGUUUUAUAUCAUAGCAGUAAAUAUUUGCAAGAAAUCCCACUCAUCGACCCCGGGUAAAAUGUUAUGGUAAGCAUGCACAGUUUGCAGUCUACAGUUUUUUUAUGUAGCACAAAAUAGGUGUACCUUUAUAAGUACAUUCAAUUUUAUGAUUUACAUUUAUCAUGUAAUUUUUAAAAAAAUCCAUCUAUCUAGGAUAUGUUGAUACAAAGUCUGCUUUUGCUAUUCUUUUUGCUUAAAUACUCCUAUCAUUUUCUAAAUUACUUGGUAUUUAGAACUCCUAGAACCACGGGGAAGAAUAGAGGUAUCAUCAAACGUGGCAAAUUUUCUUUCAGGAAUAAUAAAGAGCAUGAUUCCACAGCUUUUCUGGGAUGUUUGAGAUUCUUUUUUAGUACUGAGCAAAAUUCUCAUCACAGAAUGUAGCCCAGGCCAAUUUAUAACUAAAUCUCUAUUUGUUCGGAUGAUGCUUCUAAAACAGCAUUGAUAGGUUAAAGAAGCUUGGUAUUUUUAAUUUACUUCAAUGAUUAGCUCAGUUGCUUAACUGGAGUUUUAAUCCUGUGAUAUGUACAUUGGAUUCAUGACUCUGUGCAGCAUUUUUAGUUAUGUGGUGUUUGGCAGAAUGACAAUAAGGGUUUCCCCCAUUUUGGUUUCAGGAGGACAUGAAUAGUGUGUUUAUUGUAACUCCUCAUACACUUUUAAAACCAACAUCUUUUUUCAUAAAUGUUGGUAGUGUUUGUCCAGGUACCUUAAUUGUAGCUUGUGUAAUGUUGAUGAAUAUCUGUAUCUUACGGCUUCCAUAAUGGCUAGUUGAUAUUCAAAAACCUAUUUCUGUGUUUUGAGGGGUGGGGAAAAAAAACACUAAGUGAUAAUUUGAAAAAGGCAUAAUACUUCCAGAUUCUGAUGUGUGAGGGAAAAUACUGUCACAAUGAAAAUCUUGACAAUUUACUUAACAAGUAACCAAUAGUUCAUCAAAACCAACUUGUACAGACUAAUCUUUUUCACAGUAUUCAGUUUUCUCACCUCUUGCUAUUGUAUAUUGUAGAUUUUUUUCAUUCAUGUGUUAUUUAAUUUACACUGAUCUCUGCUAUUUUAACCCCCCAAAUAAGUUAUUUGUCCUUUAAGGUUGGUUACUAUAAUACCCCUCAGUAAGAUUCCAGUAUUAAUUUGUGGGCAGUUUGUUCUCUGUAUACAAUUGCAAAUGAUAAGCAUUUUUGUGAGUGACCACCUUUGCAAUAUGUUUGUUAAUUUGCUUCAUGUUGGGUUCUUUCUGAAAUGUACAUCUUUACAUAUAAAAACCUCACAUUCUAUUUGAUUUACACUUCCUAGUCUACAUUACAUGUGGUUGAAGGUUUUAUACAUUCUAUAUGCUUUUACUAAAUAUACAAGAUUUACUACUAGAAAUUUGGAGAAAGAACACUAACACAUGUACUUGUGAUUUGUUCAUGUUAUAUUAAAACUUGAGAUUUGUGUAUUUAUGUAGAGUCUGUAUUGACAAGACUGUUGUUUUUUGCUCCUUGAGCUAUAUAAUAAUCUGUGUAUUGGAUUGUUGUCUUGAUUUGGUCUAAAUUUGAAUAUAUAUGAGUUACUUGAAUAUAACAAAAAUGAAUUUUGUUUGAUAGAUUUAUAUUGUAACCUUUUUCUAGUUCUUGAAUAAAUAUAGCCUGCUUUCCCUAGAUGCAUUUGUGUAGGAAGUAUAUACAUUUGCCUAUUACUCUCAUCAGCUGAGGAAUAUGUACUAUUGUGUUACUCAAAUUAUGUGGCUUUCAUUUUGUUAUUUUGUUGCAAGCUUAGUGUUUUGUAGUGGAGGUUUUGUAAAUGAAACAGUUGUAAUAUCUAAGGUCAGGCACCUAGUAACAGGGUUUUGUUAAUUCUUUUCAGAAUCAUUGAAGCAGUCUUAAAGGGUCUUUUGCAGAUGGUACAAAUUAGAACAAUUAGAAUAUAGUAUUUUGAGUUCUAGGAGUACUGAGAUUGACCCAAACAAAUAAAAAACUAUUCAAUUUCUGA